AUGCAGUCACAAAUACAGUUUGUCCCUGUUUCUGGGCCUACGAGACCCAUGUCGUCCGAGUCACGAAAGUUAUGCCACUCACAUGCCACUCGUCAAGCGCAUGCCAAGAAACGGCGUUUGAGGGUGCAGAAGCAUCAGAAAGAAGUGAAACUGGCUCAGGAGGAGGACGACCAGACCUUCUCGAUAGCUCUCGUUCCUCUGAACAGCACGCCAAAUUACCACAAGGGCGGUCUCUUCACAUAUUUAGCGAGCUCCUUGGCGCCUGCGGAGUAUGAUCUGCUGCGUUACUACUUCAGCGUUAUGGUGCCCUAUAUGGCUGUCAACUGUGCUCUUUUCAAUUUUGAGGGAGAUCACGGCCUCCGCAUCCUCCGAGAUUGGGUUGGGCUUGCCAUCGCGGACAAGAACUUCCUAGACACGGCUAUCCUCCUCUGUGCCUGUCAAAACAUAUUACGUGGCAAGCCAGAAGACAACUCGCUGAAGAAAAUGGCUCUUCAGUAUAAACAGAAAGGUCUCGAAACUUUGCGGCAUGCGCUCAACGGGCCUAUUCGCCGGGUGACAGUCGCCACAGGUCUUGCACUGGCCUUGGAUGAAAUGAGCUUUGGAGACACAAAGACGGCCAUACAACACUGUCAGGGCGUGGUCUCCAUGGUUGAAGUCAGUGGUGGCCCAACUUCUCUCGGCCUUUCGGAAAUGUUGGAACCAUCGUCAUCACUGUCCUGCCAACCUUCGCUUUCUUCCGUUUCUCCCAAGAUCGCCAUCGCCAUGUCUUCACCCCCUACAACUAUCCCGGAUGGCGCAUGGGUGCUCGUGACCGGAGCCACGGGUUUCGUCGCGGGUCAUGUCGUCAACCAAUUUCUGCAGCGCGGUUACAGAGUCCGGGGCACUGUUCGCGACCUCAACCAGGCAUCUUGGCUUGUCCAAGAUACCUUCAAGUCUUAUGCAGAGAGCGGCAACUUCGAAGUCGUCGCCGUCGCCGACCUCGCAGCCGAUGGCGCCUUUGACGAGGCCGUCAAGGGUGUUUCGGCUAUUGCCCACGUUGCCAGUCCCCUUGACUUCAACCCAGAUCCCAACGCCGUCAUUCCUCAGAGCGUCGCUGGCGCAACAUCGAUCCUCACCGCCGCCACCAAAGAGCCCUCAGUCAAGGAAGUUGUUUAUACCAGCUCCAUCGUGGCUGCCAUCGUUCCUGUGCGUGGGCAGGAAACCUUUGUCGACAGAAACACGUGGAACGAGGCCAUCUUGGAAGCCGCCUGGGCUCCCCCUCCCUACGAGCCGUCCCGCGCCAUGAUCACGUACGCGGCCAGCAAGACUGCUGCGGAAAAGGCAGUCUGGGCGUUUGUCGAAGAGAAGAAGCCGCCUUUCACAGUCAACGUCGUCAGCCCCGCGGGUGUCAUUGGCGCGCCUUUCCACGUGAAGCACGUUGAGAAGCCCGGACACUGGGUGGCCGCCCUUUUCAGGAAUGACAGAGCCGCGCUGGAUCCGUACCCAUCGAUGUUCUUCGUCGAUGUCGAGGACGUCGCGGCCAUUCACGUUGCGGCGAUUCUGGAUCCGGAAAUCAAGAACGCCCGUCUGCAGACUUGGGGCCACAGCAGCAACUGGAACGAAUUUUUUGCCGUGUUGCGCGAGAUCCGCCCUCACCGGGAGUUCCCUGCCGACUAUCCCGACCCUUACUUCUUCCCGGCCCUCACCGACCAGUCUGAAUCCAUCGCCAUCCUGAAGAAGUGGGCCAGCCAGGACGGGUGGAAGCCGCUGAAGGACAGUCUCAGGGAGACAGUCGAGAACCCGUACUUCCGCAUCCCUUGA